AUGGCUUUGAAUAAGCCCAACUGGGUGGAUGCUAUGCAUAAGGAAUUGAAUCAAUUUGAAAAGCUUGGGGUCUGGAAGCUAGUUGAAUUACCUAAGGGCAAGAAGUCACUCGACACACGUUGGAUUCUCGUUCAAAUCUACGUCGGUGAUAUCAUUUUCGGGUCAACGAGUUCAAAGUUGUGCAAAGAGUUUGAAAGCGUUAUGAAGAAGACGUUUGAGAUGAGUUCCCUGGGAGAAAUGACCAUGUUUUUGGGGCUUCAGGAAGACUCAACCGGAAUCUUGAUACAUCAAGCCAAGUAUGUUGAAGAUAUGCUAGAGAAGUUCGGGUUUGGAGACGCAAAACCUGCACUAGCACCGAUGGCCGAGAGACCACUGUUGACUCCAGAUAUUGAAGGCGAAUUUGUAGAUCAAACUGACUACAGAUCAAUGAUCAGAUUGUUGAUGUAUCUAACCGCAAGCAGGCCAGACAUCAUGUUCGUGGUUUGUCAAUGCGCAUGA